CGUCGGGAUUGGACGGUUUCGUGGGAAUCACUAUUUUUUCUUGUCGAAGGUAUGCCUUAGGGGGUAUAAAUACGCUUUUGUCGCAUUUCCUUGCCAGUGCGGGGAGUUAACGCGAAUUACCUAGAUGGCUGCGGUUUUCUUCUAAUUACCUACCGGUUCGGCUCGAUCGUCGUCGUUUGAUCGGGGAUCGUUAACCUGGCGAGAAAAGGAAGUCGGUGGGAUUUUUACGGGCUGUCGAGGCUUCCUGGAACGAACCGUGAAUCUCGAACUUUAAAAGGUCAUAAGUACCUCGGUCGGGUUUUUCGAAAGACUCGUAAUUACUGUCGCAUCUCGCUUCUCUCGCUCACUCUUUCUCCGUGUCUCCAAAAGGUGACGAGUUCCGCCGAGGUUUUUCCUCGGUCUAGCACAAAGGUGCCUCGACGCGGCGACUGGAACAGAGGAGCGAUGUUCAAGCGACUGUCAAAGGCGAGACGCCAUAGUACCGACGAGGUUGGUACGGCAUUGCAGUCCCCCUCGACGCUGGACGAACCCCCCGGGGAUGCUACAAACGGCAGGAGAAACGACGUUCAUCCCUCGGGACAGAAUUCCGGGCUGCUCAGGGUGUCGAGGUCGAAGCACGCCAGGAGAAGCUGCGGCGACUCGCCCCUGAUGCAUCCUCUUCUCUCCGGAUCAUCCGAGGAUCAGUCCCAGGGCUCUAGGGUUUCCCUGGACACCGACUACCAAACUGUCACUGCAGUGCCAGCCUACAUCGUCGAGCAUGAACCGGAGAAACAGAAAGGUCUGGGAGUUUGGGGUCGUCGAGUCAGCAAGAAGAUAGAGUCUUUCCGCCGUUCCGGAUCCCGCGAAACGGUGGCCAGCACUCCGGAGAGGCUCGACAGCGUCGAGGAAAAGUCGACGCCAAAUGGCGAGGGGAAGCCCGAGCGGAGGGUAUCUCUGGGGUCUCAGAGAUCGCCAUCACCGUUCAAGUCCUUCUUCAUCAGGAUGGGCUCUACGGGGAUGUUGAACUCGUCGAGGAGCAACCGGCGGUCGCAAAACGAGGACGACCAGCUGCGGACCUCGGAGAAGGAGAAUCUCUUCAGGAGCUGCAGUACGAGUCAGCUGAACACCAGCCCGACGUACGUGAAGGGCGACGAUCCGUCCGAGGGUAUCGACCUGCAGAUCAAGAGGAAGGACAAGACGGUGUCCUGCGACAAUCUGACGGGCCAGCAGGACGACGACGUCUUCGAGACCGGCGUGGAGCCGCUUAGCGUGGUCGCGGACAGAACGGUGAACGACUUCGGGGCUUGCGACUUCGCGGGAGACAGCAGGGUGGAGGUGCUGAAGAAGUCGAGCAGCUGCGACUUCAGGGAGGCCAAGAAAUCCAGCUUCCCGUACGCGUUCCUGCGCUCCAAGUUGUCCGUCCUGCCGGAGGAGCGACACGGAACGGGUCUCUCGUCGGCCAAAGACGACAGGCUCUUCAAGACGGCCUCGGAGGAGCACUUCCCGGCCCUGAAGAUCGAGGAGUCCUACGACGGGACCACGACUCUGGGCAGGAAGCGCAGUAGAAACAACUUCAGCAGGCUCCAGGAGGCGGCCAGGCUGUCGAGGAACUCGUACUCGGAAUUCCGGGGCAGGCCGGUGAGCGUUGCCAGGUGCGAGCAGGACAGGUACAGCCUGAACCCCGGCCAUUUGGAGCGCAUCGAGGAUGCCGGAUACCAGCAGGAUGACGCCUCGUACAGUCCUUAUUCGAGGAGUCCGGGGACUCCCAGAGGUGGUCCCAAUUUGGCCGGGAGCGAGACCGGCCAGGAUCAGGUGGAUCUGGCCGCGAGGAUUACGGAUCUGCCCAAUCUGGGCACGGAUCUGGACGUCGUGGCCACGCUGAGGGGUCCUAGGAGAAACUCGGCGCCGAGCGGGGAGCAGCGAUUAUCCUCGCAUUACGUCAGCUCGAACGAGUCCGGCUACGACAGCGACGGGCCGAGGGGCGAGUCAGCCGCAGCUUCCGAAACCGAGGCCCUGAGUCUGAAAUGCGCCGACAGCUCGGACACGAGCAGCGUUCUGGACUCGGAGAUCGAGAAGCCGAUCAGGAGCUCGACUCCCAGCGAGUACCCCGAGCACGACUCGGAGUCGGCUCCUCGAAAGCACCAGGACGCCGGGACCCCCUCGACGAUGGAGAGCUGCGAGCCGACGGACGGCAUUCACGGGUUCAGGUGGCACCAGAGCAAUUCAGGGAGACUCUUGCCCAGCAUACAUCAAGCGUGUACGUUGGACAAGAUCGAGAUCCCGGCCGCUGCCCAGGAGCCCGCGUUCCCUCGGGACCACCUGAGCGCGUUCCAGAGUGGAUCCAGGCAGCUCACCAGCUCGCCGCAUCGCGUCAGGCUGCAGCAGGACAAGACGAGGUUUCUGACCGACAUCAUCCAGCCUCCCAGAAGGGUCAGGCGGCGACGUCUGGUGCAGCUCAACAAGAGGGACCCCAAGGAGAGCCUGGGCAUCCGACUGGCCCAGCAGCGCCUAGGGGAGCUGCGCUAUAUAGUGGUGCAGCUGGAGAACGAUGGGAUCGCGCACAGAGACGGCCGCCUCAGACUCGGCGACGAGAUCGUCGAGGUGGAGGGCAAGGAGCUCCGGACUCUGGAGAGCUUGGAAGAGGUCCAGGACUUCCUGAAGUCCUUCAGCGGGAACAGGGUGCAGCUGGUGACGGCCUACGAGGAAACGGUGCCUCAAAUGUACUCAGGCUCACCCGUCCUUCCCGCGGAGUACGAGUACCUGGAGAACGCGAAGAACCUCUCGAACAUCUUCCUGAUGGACGAGCGGAAGACUCCGAGCCAGACUCGCUCGAUGGGUGUCCAAGAUAAGGCGACCUCGGCGAGCCCCACGAAGAGACCCGACUUCCUGCCUCUCUCGUGCCUGAUCAAUGACUCGAAGGACUCCGAGGAAUUGGCGGAGUCCGCUUCCGAGUCGCAGCAGCCCUUAACGAGACACGUCGCCAGGUUCGAGAAGGGCUGCGGCAGGCCCAGCCUUGGCUUCAGCGUCGUGGGUGGCCGGGACAGUCCCCGAGGCGAAAUGGGCAUUUUCGUCAGGAGGAUCUUCCCUGGAGGGCAGGCGGACGUGUCCAAGUCUCUUCUGCAAGGUGACGAGAUACUGUGUCUGAACGGAAAGGUGCUCCGAGGACACACGCAUCAGGAAGUUAUCGAGCUCUUCAAGGCGGUGAGGGAAGGACCGGUCGAGUUGGAGCUGGCCAGGAGACACAGGUACCCGAAAGCCGCCUUGAAGUCCGCGCCGUACUGAGGAAGACCUCCCGAAGAAGAAGAAGCCCCGAAGAAGAGGACCGGGAACCUGAAGUAGCUCCGGCCGGAAGUGCUCUUCAAGAACCGCUGCUGGGCUCCUCUUCCUGCGCGAACGAUCUUUAGAUUCUAGUCUCUCGCGAACAGGAUCUCCGGAUCUUGGCGUCUCGUUUCUCUCUUUCUCUCUCUUCCUCCUUCCUUUCCUUCGCUCGUUUUAAUUUAUCUCGCUCGGUGGCGCCGAAGCUCUCAUCAGCUCCCUCUCGUACGCGUUGGUCCCCCUCCGCGUUCUCCGAUUUUCAUUAUCCCCUUAAGAUUUUAUACGAGUACGUUAACGCACGGAAUUCAUUGUAUAUGACUUUUAUAUAGCAGACAAUAAAGAGUAGGCCACUUUCGAUGAGAUACGGGAAAUCAGGCGCGAUUGCUGGAUCGACGUUGACCGGUUUUGGGGUAGAGUGUUCGCGCGUUUACGAAGUUUAAGAGCGAUACGGCGGAAAUGCGUUUUGGAUUUGCGAACGGCCAGGCAUACGCGUAAGUUCUUGGCUUCGGUGUCCCGAAACGCGAACGGUGGGGUAAGUGUCCUGCACGAGUAUCGACUUCACACCUGGGACACGGUAUUCGCGAGAUUUGUAGUGUAUUAACGAAGUUGUACGUUGAACGAUGCCUUCUAGAAGUAAUGCAACACAUUGGCCCAUUUAAAGGUUUAAUGCGAUUAGUUGUUGUUGUAUGUUAUAUAAUGUUGUAUAAAAUGAGGUUAACACGAA